CUAGAAUGACUUAAAGCCCGGUGCGAAUCCCUGAAAGACUGAAGCAAUAUAACUAUCCGGCAAAGAUAACUCAACACGACUUAUCCAAGAAGUGAGAUGGCGAAUUCGGAUGAUCUUGCAAUAUGUGUGGCCUGUGGCACUCAAUACGACGCUCCCUUUACGGAUCCGCCAAAAAGUUGCAAGAUAUGCGACGAUCCAAGACAAUAUGUUCCACCCACAGGACAGCAGUGGUCAUGUCUGAGCAAGCUUAAGGCAGACAAUUUCAAGAACACAUGGACACAAGACGCGGUCGACCCGCGAGUCUGGUUCAUCCAGAGUGUGCCGGAUUCGCUUCCAGCGCACCUUGCUGGCGUUAAUCUGGGAUUAACAAGUGGGAUGAAAGUACCGAAGAUUGGCAUUGGCCAGCGAGCCAUACUGCUACAAACCGAGCACGGAAACGUGCUUUGGGAUCUGGUCCCGUUCAUUAACGACAAGUUCGUCGAAGAGGUCAAGCAGAAAGGUGGGAUCAAGGCGAUAGUGAUCAGUCAUCCUCACUUCUAUAACACGCACCUCGACUGGGCGGCAGCAUUUGACUGCCCAGUGUACCUCGCAUUCGAGGAUAAGGAAUGGCUUUGUCGGUUGGAUGACGACGAGAAAAAGCCGAGACGAAGAUUCAUCACCACGCCGACACUUGAAAUUGUGCCCGGUGUGACGGCGAUUAAAGCAGGAGGUCACUUUCCGGGAUCGCUUCUCCUGCACUGGGACAAGAAGUUGUUCAUCGCAGACACCAUCAUGACGGUGCCAUCCGGCCUGUACUUCCAGGAAACGCGGCAGCCGAAAACAAACGUGUACUCUUUCAUGUGGAGCUACCCUAACAUGAUCCCGCUCAGGCCGAGCGAUGUGACGAGGAUCUGGAAGGCCGUCGCACCGUUCCAGUUCGAAACGACGCAUGGUGGCUUUCCGGGACAAGAUGUAAGGCGUGCGGAUCUGAAGACACAGUUGCUCGAAAGCAUGAAGAAUUGGGUAGAGAGUGUGGGGGCAACGAACGAGGAGAUUUUUACAUUUACAUGGCCUUGAAGCACGGCGAAUGUUGCUGGAUUUACCAACAGAACAUCUUCAUAUCUGAGCGCCAGCAUUUCAUCCUCAUACUUGUGGAGUUCGAAAUCUUCCUUGUAGUCUUACAUGACCUUCAUUUUUCACAACCAUUCCUACUCAAGCAUUGACUCCCGGUUGUAUCAUAUUGUCGGCACUAGUUGGCGCAUGUUCCCGAGUAUAUCGCAUUCGAUGAGUUCACAUGUUAUGUAGCAGAUCCAGGCCUCGAAUUGCCACCGUAUAAGGUUGCUGCUCACUUGCUAGCAAGAAUGUCGGAUAUCCGCAGGGCCAUAUCCAGCAUCAUCAAAU